CCAUACAAAGUACAACGUUUACCGUCAUAUACUAAUUUUAAUGUGACUAUGUAUCAUAAAAAUUACCAGAUAUUUACUCAAGAAGUUCGUACGCUUGAAGGCGUCCCAUCUAGAGUGUUAGAUCUUCAACAGCUGUUGAUCAAUACAGAACUAUCGUUGAUUUGGAGGCCUCCAAAUCAACCAAAUGGAAAAAUAAUACGAUAUGAAGUGAUUUUAAAGAUUAGAGAGUUUUAUGGUUGUAAGGAUUUAAAACUAGCUACUCCAAAUAAUCAUAUCAUUAAUGUAUCGACAACAGAUACAAUGAUCACAAUUCCAGAUUUACGUCCAUACACAUCUUAUUCUGCGCAAGUUGUAACUCAUAAUUCACGACAUUUCAGCAUAAUUGAAGAAAGAAUCUUUGACACAGCACAAUCUGAAAUACCAUCGGAGACAUUUAGCCAGUUAAGAGUACAAGAUUGGAAAUUAAUGUGGAAUGCGCCUGAAGAUUGUUCAACUAUUACAGGAUCAAUGAUAGCCAGGAUAAAAAUACGAGGAAUUAGUAUAGAUAAACCGAGCAUACCUGUGAUAACCUCUACAAACGAAACAACUAUUAGUGUCAUUGUUCCUAUGAUAUGGAAAGAUGAAUACGAUAAUAUAUCAAUAUUUUAUGGUUUUGACAUUAAAGUUGUUGAAAUUGAUACUCGACGUAUUUCAACUUCUGAAGAUUUAUUAUAUCUGAGAUGGCAAAGUCCACUUCCACCUCUCAACGGAAAAUUACGUGAUUAUGGUAUCCAAUCAUGUUACAACGUAUCAACGUAUCCAACAUAUCACAAGGAACAUUGUAAAAUUAUUGCAAAUCAUUUCAAUACAUCUUGUGACUUAUGGGAUGAUUAUAUCUGUAAAGAUGUUCCAAUAACAACUUCUGCAAUAAUUCAGGUUUUUGCGUACAAUGUAAAUGUUACUGAACCUGGCGCUUUGACUUCCGUGACUGAGGAAAUGCUUGUUAAUAUAGAACCAGAUGCACCUGGUAAUUGCACUUUUACAAUCAACAAUAACAGCGUAGUUGACUUGAUGUGGUUUCAUCCUUGGAAAACAGGAAAUCGUUUGCGAUCUUUCCACGUUCGAGUAGUAGAAACCUUCUCAAAUCUUAGAAAGCUUUCGUUGCAGAAACCUAUUAAUGAGAGUACCCAAUAUAUGACAUAUGAAUACCCGGUGACACAAUACAUGCGUAACUACAGCAAGCAAUUAUAUUUGUACCCGUCAACCAAAUAUCUCGUUUAUAUACAAACUGUGACAGUUGCAAAUAGAUUUAGUAACUCAACUACCAUGGAAAUUUAUACGCCAUCAACCGCAUGUUUUGAGACCGAUUUAAACUACACGGUGCGCAAGUCUGAUUCUACUAUUUUAUUAAAUGUACCGUCUGUUUUGAAUGACACGCAAGGCAGUAUGAUGCAUGUAAUAGUAAAAGGUCCUAAUCCGUGCGACCAACAUUUGAAAUUGUCUAAAAAUCUACAAAUGCAAUCUGAAUUGAAAAUGAAUGAAACCGCUUGGCAAGUUGUUGAAGUUUCGACCAGAGAGCUCGCUGGCAAACAAUUCGUGAUUGGUGACAAUAAAACGUACGGAAAUGGGAAAAAUUGUCCAUUAAAAUCUAACAAAUCUUAUCAAGUAAUAAUCAUGAUAACUGAACAAAAUUCAUCUAACAAGCCAAUUAUACUUGCAAAAUUAAUCCGUAUCGGUGAAAUUCCAUCUAUGCACCACGGAGUGUGGUUUAUACCUCUUACAAUAUAUCUCGUCACAGCAAGCAUAUCUUAUUAUUUGUGUCGAAGAAAGUGUCAUAAAUCUAUUGAAGAUCAAAUGCAAAAUGAAAUAGCUUGUCAGAACAUUCAAAACGCUGAAGAUGAUAAUGAAUAUGAGUCGAUACCAUCUAUUAGGUAUUCAGAGCAGGAUUUGUCAAGUAUUUCUGAAGAACAAUCCUUAUCGAACGGAAUUAUUCCGGAAGAGCUAGUAUGUAUCAUCGCGAAUGAUAACGAAAAAGAAGAAGAAAUGAAAUCAUUGGUCAAGGUGAAAGAUUUCGAAGAUUAUGUCAAACGGGCAAUACAAUCAGAAUCGUUGGCUAAACAAUAUAAAAUGCUGUCAAAAGGACAAACGCAGCCAUGGAAUUAUGGAAAACUGCCACAGAACGAAUUGAAGAAUAGAUACAGAAAUGUCAUAGCGUACGACAGUACGCGAGUAAUAUUGGAAAAACUUCCAGAUAACGCUUAUUCCGAUUAUAUUAAUGCUAAUUACAUCACAGGAUAUAAAGUAGACAAGCGUUAUAUAGCAACGCAAGGUCCUAAACCAAAUACCGUACUCGAUUUCUGGCGCAUGGUUUGGCAGGAAAACGUUCUCAUUAUUUGUAUGGUGACAAAUAUUAUUGAAAACGGAAGGAUAAAAUGCGAACAGUAUUGGCCGGAUAUUGGUAAAAAGAAAAAAUACGGCGAUAUCAUUGUGUUAAACGCAAAACAUAAUAUUUUUGCUGAUUAUUGUAUUAGAACAUUUCAUGUCACUUGCGGAGAGGAAACUCGAAAGAUAGAGCAUCUUCAUUAUACGGCCUGGCCAGACCAUGGCAUCCCAUUGUACACACACUCCAUAGUCAUAUAUUUAAAGAAACUAUUGGCGAUAUCACCUGGAGAUGGCCCCGUGGUAGUCCAUUGUAGUGCUGGUAUUGGGAGAACUGGUAUCAUUAUUUUAUGCGAUAUUUGUCUCCGACGAGCAGCUGCUGAAAAGAUUAUCGACGUCUUUUCCGAAACGGCAUCCAUUAUAAGCGAAAGAGCAAACAUGAUAAAUAAUACACAACAAUAUAUAUUAAUACAUUUAAUAUUGGUUGAAUGUUUAUUUUCUAUUCCGGUAACGUUACCGUGUAAUGAACAUUUACCGGUACGAAUUAAGGAAUUGAAGGAACAAUUAUUAAUUCAACAACAAAGAUUACAGAACAUCGCUUGGCAAGAUAAAGUCCUACGACAAGUUACGCCUCUACCAUCGUUGUCGGAGCGCAAUCGAGCUAAAAAUAGAUUUCCAGAAUUGAUUUCAAAUAUGACUAAUAGAAUAUAUUUAACAAGAUAUCCAGAAUCCGACGAGGAUAGUGAUUAUUUUCCUGCUGUUUACGUGGAUGGAGUAAGACUUCAGAAUCAGUAUAUAGCUACGCAACUUCCUAUGCCUUUGACACUUAAUGAUUUUUGGCGAAUGAUUGCCGAAUUCAAAAUUGAACUUAUUCUUAUGCUCCAACCGCCUGACUUUCAAGAUUUUACUUGCUGCGCAAUCGCAUUUUCAAGCGGCGAAUUUAAACCGACUCCAUAUUUGAACAUCACGGCGAGAGAAGUCGUGAAAAUGGAAUAUUAUACGUCACAAAAAUUACUAUUGAUUGACAAUUCUGAAAAAUCGUCGAGAGAACAACCUGUAACUAUAUUGACUUUAACGGAAUGGAAAUCUGGAAGAAAUCAAUCACCACCGCCGGUUAUGGUGAUGGUGAACUUUUGGCAAGCUGCGGAGAAAAUCAUAAGAAGCGAUGGACCUAUUGCCACGCUUUGCCAUGACGGUGUGACUGGAUGCGGUCUGUAUCUAGCGCUGAGUUUCUUGUUGGAACGGAUGGCCAUCGAAAGAGAAUGUGAUGUUUGUAUGGCGGUGCGAGCUGUUAAACGAUCGAGACCAGAUUUUGUUUCUUCUCAGGAACAUCUGGAAUAUCUAUAUAAUGCCGCAUUGACAUUUUUUGAAUACUUUGAAUCUUAUGCAAAUUUCUCUUAAGAUACAAAUAAUUUAUCAGUGUAAAACAUUGAAAUGACAUUUUUUUUAAAUAAUAAAAUUAGAAAAUUGAAUGCAAAUAUGGUACUACUACAUAUAUGUUAAGUAAUUAAAUAGUAAUACAUUAAAUAUAUGAAAUAUGAACUCUCUUUAAAAACGUAGAAAAUAAAUAUUUUAUGUCACAAAGUAUGUGAAGUACUAUUAUACUUAAUGAAUAUAUUUCUAUGCCUUCUUCGGUUUCUUUCAUUACUUCGAUACUUCAUUACUACUUUCAAGGUAAACUAGCUUCAGGUUUAUAGAUAUAUUAUCAUGACAUAUUCAACAUGGCAAUUUUACAAUGUUUUAAUUCAAUAA